CAAGCCACAGGAUUGAGGGAAGUGGGAAAGUGCGUGAAGCCGUGAACUGCUGCGAAAGGACGGUAUUACCGAAAUUCGUGGCUGCAUUUUAUAAUUUUAAAAAAUGGCUUUUGUAGAACCUUAUCAAUCAGUUGCUCCUGGAAUGACUGAUAUAACGGGUGCAGAUUGGAUGAAAGCAGAGCACAGUACCGGGACGUCAAUUAUGGCCGCCGAAUUCAACGGAGGCGUUGUAAUUGGUGCAGAUUCUCGUUCAACGACGGGAUCGUAUGUCGCAAAUAGAUACGCUGACAAAUUAACGAGAAUAACCGACAAUAUUUACUGCUGUCGUUCCGGUUCGGCUGCAGACACCCAAGCUAUUGCAAACAUCGUGUCGUAUCACCUGGGAUUCCAUCAAAUGGAAUUGGGUCAGUCGCCUUUGGUAGAAACAGCCGCUAACGUUUUCCGCGAAAUGUGCUACAAUUACCGUGAUUCCCUGAUGGCUGGAAUCCUCGUAGCUGGAUGGGAUUCGCAAAAAGGCGGCCAAGUCUAUAGCGUUCCAAUUGGAGGCAUGUGUGUUCGUCAACCCAUUUCUAUCGGUGGAUCAGGAUCUACUUACGUCUACGGCUACGUCGACGCCAACUACAAGCCCAACAUGUCCAGGGAAGAAACAGUCGAACUCGUUCAAAACACAUUGGCCCUCGCAAUGGCGCGUGAUGGCAGCAGUGGUGGAGUUAUUCGCCUUGGUGUCAUUACCGAGAAAGGAAUCGAGCGCAAAGUGAUUCUCGGAAACGAGCUGCCCACCUUCUACCAAGAUUAAAUAAUUUACCUUGUCAAAUUUGAUAAAUAAGAGUUAUUCAUUCUAAGUACAUGAGCUAUUUGUCUCCAUUUGAUAAAUAAAUUAAUACGAAAAGCAAA